CCCAACUGUACUCCUACUAUAUUUACAACAUCCUGAAAAACCACGGCCGUGAGAUUGAGAACCCACGUGAUGUGUUACUCAGGGUUGGUCGGAUGGCCUUCAAAGGAGUGUCCGAGAGGAAGAUUGUGUUUACAGAUGGAGAUUUGAUCAACUACAAUCUGCAGCCUUCCCAGUUCCUGUCCGGGUUCCUGAUGGAGCUUUUGGAGAGAGAGGAUUCUGCCCGAAGCGUGGUGUACACAUUCCCACACCUCACCAUCCAAGAGUUUGUAGCUGCACUCGCACAAUUCCUGAAUCCACAUCCCGGAGAUAUCCUGAAAUUCCUCACUGAAGUCCACAGCACGACAGAUGGGCGAUUUGAGGUAUUUCUCCGUUUUGUUGCUGGUCUCUCCUCCCCAAUGACAGCUCGGGGCCUGGAGGAGUUUCUGGGUCCAUUUUCUCAUCAAACAACCUGCCGGGUGAUUGACUGGAUGAUGGAGGAGGUUAAACGCCAGAGUGGAAACACAUGGAGUGAAGCUGGUAAAAGGAGCCUCCUGAACACAUUGCACUACCUGUUUGAGUCUCAGAAUCGUGGACUGGCUCAGGCCGCACUGGGAUCUGUGGAAAGGUUUUCACUCAGUGGAAUGACACUGACCCCGAUUGACUGCGCGGUCCUGUCUCAUGUCAUCGGACUCUGUGAUACAAUAAAACAGCUCGACCUGGAGAACUGCCACAUUCAGUAUGAGGGAAUACAGCGGCUGGGACCCGGGCUGCACAAGUGCCAGGAGUUGAGACUUGGGGAGAAUAAGCUGGGAGAUUCGGGAGUGAAACUGGUGUCUGAGUCUCUGAGGAACCCGGAGUGUAAAAUACAGAAACUGAGGCUGAGGAGUGUCGGUCUCACAGAUUCUGGUGCCGAGGAUCUCGUCUCCGCUCUUAGUACAAAACCAUCACUGAAGGAGCUGAACCUCGUAUCAAACUCACUCACAGACCAAUCUAUCCCUGCUCUCCGCCGCCUCGUUCUGACACUUCCAAAUCUGACGGGCAUCUGGCUGGGGCGGAAUCGAUUCAGCGAGACCGGGGAGAAAGAACUGAGAUCACUGCAGGAACCCAGACCCCGACUGGGAGUGAUGCUGUGAACAACCCAGCUCGAAGGAUGUGGACAUUCCACGGCCUCACCUUUAACGGCUGUCCUCCCCUUUAAUGACCGCGCUUUAGGUUUAACUCCCAACGGUGCUAAGAGAUCCCGGCCCAGCCGAGCGCUCUCUGACGUCAGAGGUGAUCCCUUAGCCACGUGUCUACGUCUCCUGUCCAGAACUUCUGGCCGCCGAAUGUCCGUGUGCAGGUUAUCCUGGGGGAUUCUAAGGAAUUACACAGACAGGAAGAACCCAGGGCGGGGCUCAGUCUGUGACACCAGUGUCCCGGGGUGAGAUUAUCCGGCCGAGAGAAUCCCUUUGCUCACUGCGCUGAGCCCCGUGGCGGCGUGGUCGAUGAAAUGAUGUUAAAUUGGCAAAGACCUCGUUUGCGACGCUGAGUCGGCAGCGAGUUCGGACACUCGGACGCUGACCGGAUGUGAGAUUUUUUUAAUCAUCGGUUCCCACGGGCAGGGUGACGGUGAGAAACGGGACUAAUUAUUCAACCUGUCACUGGUUGUCGACAAUCUGUGAAUUUUGUGUGACUGUGAGUGAGUCGUGAGCAGCUUAUAUAUUUCCGCAUUUUUUCAGGUCACAGAAUGUUUAGUUUGUAUUUGUGGUGAUGAAUCAAUAAACUGCUGUAACAUUC